AUGGAUUCUUCAAAUCCUACAAUCUAUUCCGGUUAUCAACCUCUGGCGAUCAACGAGGUCUCCUUUAUAGCUAGCCCAACCCUAAACUCAUACGCACCAGUUUUCUUUCCAUACAAUCCUUAUCUCCCUUGUAACUAUUACUCGCCACCACCGCUGAUUUACCUCCUUUCUCCACCACCAAUCUUUAUAUAUUAUCCUCUUUGGCAUGUUAACCCUAACCCUAAUCCGUUGGAGUUUAUACAAGAAUCGCCUCCUAGUUACUCUUCAAGCCCUAUGCAAGAGCUGUCUCCUCCACCGGCUAGUAGAAAAAGGGUUUUUAGCCGGAGAAGAAACAUCAAAAGGACGUGGAGGAAAAUAAUCAAGUAUCAAGAUGAAUCUAACGAUGCACACAUCACCACCGUCAUGCUUCGCAACAUACCAAACGAAUACACCAGGGAGAUGAUGAUUGAUUUUAUGGACAUGCAUUGCGAAGAAGCCAACAAAAAUGAGAACAAUGAAGAGUCGCCGCCUAUCUCUGCUUAUGAUUUCUUUUAUCUCCCAAUCGAUUUCAAGAGUGGACUAAACAGAGGGUAUGCUUUUGUCAAUUUCAUAAACAAGGAAGCAGUGUUGAAGUUUAAGGCUGCUUACAACCAUAAGGCAUGGUCUCAUUGCUACUCAAGAAAAUUACUUGAAAUUGUUUCUGCGAAGAUUCAGGGAAAAUAUGAGUUGGUGAAACAUUUUACAAAAAUGACCUAUCCGGCUGAGGCAUAUGGUGCACUUUCUUUCAGCCCAGCUCGUAGCGGACCAGAAAAUACUGUUAAAACCAUCAUGGUCGGUAGAUGCAUCGAACCAAUGAUAUCAGUGUAG